CGAUCAGUUUCUCGCACCGCGCUCGAUUUCUAAAGAGCAGCAGCGAUGCCAUGUCGUCCACACCUUGCCAUCAGCGUGGCGCUGUGCAUGGCUUGCAGUGGACGUGCUCAGUGGCAAGAAGUGCCAGCUGCCGGGGCGCCAUUGAGGCGCGAUGAACACACGGCUGUGUUGGACGCGCAGCAGCGGACGUGGAUCUUCGGCGGCCGGGAUGUGAAUUGGGAGAGGCUCAAUGACUUGCAUUACUUUGACGUGGAGGCCAAAGCCUGGCAGAAAGUGUCCACCAGCAACACCCCCCCCAAGCGCGGUGAGCAUACAGCAGUUCUGGAUGCACAAGGGUGGAUGUGGAUUUUUGGUGGUUCGUACUACCAUGGUGACACUUGCAUGCGGCUCAAUGACUUGCACUACUUUGACAUUGAGGCACAAACAUGGCAAGAAGUCAUCGCCACAAGCGCACCCUCCAAGAGGAAUGGCCACACGGCGGUCAUGGAUGCGCAGCAAAUGUGGGUUUUUGGCGGAUGUGAUUUCAGUCCAAGAGCCGGCCCUUGCAGUAGCUGGCUGAAUGACUUGCACCACUUCGACGUGAAGGCCAUGGCUUGGCAGGAAUUCCCCACCAAUGCCAACACACCUUCGAAGCGCUCUCAGCACACUGCGGUCCUGGAUGCACGACAGUGCAUGUGGAUCUUUGGUGGCCAAGGUCCCAGUGGCCUCCUCAAUGAUUUGCACUGCUUUGAUCUAUCUGCGCAAACGUGGCGCGAGGUUCCUCAAGCCCUUGCAGGCAAUGCGCCCUCACAGAGGUGGCGCCACACGGCAGUCAUGGAUGCGCAGCGCAUGUGGGUCUUCGGUGGGCGUGAUGUGAACCCUGGCCCGUCCAAAAGCCUGGUGAAUGACUUACACUACUUUGACGUGGAGCUUCAGAGGUGGCAAGAAGUCACCGUCAACAACUCAAGCCCAGCACCCUCUAAGAGGUGGCGCCACACUGCCGUCAUGGAUAUACACCAGCAGAUGUGGAUCUUCGGUGGAGAAGAAGUGGUCGGGGACGGUUGGAUCAAGCUUAACGACCUGUACACCUUUGAUGUCAAGGGGGCACCCCCACCUGAAACUCCGCCAGCUUCUCUUGUUGAGCUAGAUGAAAGAGCUCCUGAAGGCCAGUUGGAGCUUGAGGCAUCACAAGCAACCUCGAGUUUCGACGAAUCAGCUGUGGAUGACAUUCCGAUGUGGUUGUGGGUCGUUGUGGUGCCCGCAGGGACUCUGUGCCUCUUGGUUUGCUUACGUGUGCUUUGGAUUUAUCGAGCCAGACGUGCUCGGAAGCUUGCUAAGCCUCCUUUUUUGGGUCCUUUGCCACCCGAAGCAGCAGAAUUGGGCGUGGCAGCCACAUAUUUGGUGAACGUCUUCCCACCCUUGGCCACUCGGGCAGCUGCCAAGAAGAACCCCAAUUUCUAUGAGAUUUGCCCACACUUUGCGCAUGGUGAACAAGGCCUUGGCUACAACAAGAUAUGUCCCAGAGAUGGGAAGCCCCACUGCAGUGUUGUGGAUGCCUUGGAAGACGGUCUCAGUGGAAAGGUCAGUCAUUUCGUCUCGUGGUGCUGGGCAUACUCUCUUGAGGACGUUGUCAGUGCAGUGGAAGGAUGGCUUCGAAAGUCUGGUGCAAAUCCGGACGACGUGUUCCUGUGGAUGUGCUUCUUUUGCAACAAUCAGUACCGGAUCAUGGAGGGCUGUCAAACCGGGAGCCAACACCUGCAGUCCGUCUUUGAGUCGCAUUUGGCAGCUGCUGGACAGAUGCUGCUACUUUUAGACAAGAUCCAGCAGCCUGUUUACACUUCUCGUGCUUGGUGUAUCUUCGAGAGCUAUGUGUGCAUUCAGCACGAUAUCCCUAUGACUAUCAUCCUCCCUGACUCUGCAGAGGCUUCCUUUCGAGACUCCUUUCGAAGUGGUGAUGGGAUCCAAGCGUUGACUUCCGCUUUGGAUGCCAUGGACGUACGGCAUGCAAAGGCUUCAUCAGAAGCUGACGAGCUUUUGAUCAAAGGAAUAAUUAGGAAUUCUCUCGGCUUUCACGCGGUGAACACAGCCGUGCGCUCACGACUGGUAGACCAGUUGACGUUUUUGUUCCGUGAGCUCUUGAUGCAACAGAAUGCAACAGAUGCCUCUCCAUCAUCAUAGUAUAUGUUCAUAUUGUUCAUAUUGUGAAGAGGUAUAGUAGGGCAGUGGCUCAUGGUGAUUCAAAGCUCUAUGCAGGGG